AUGGCGCCGACACCAGAUGGGCUGUCGGCCCCAGGGUCUGCCAGCUACAGCUCCGACACGCUGACUGUCGGAGACGGCACCUGGGUUUUUGAUACAAACACCUUUUUGCUCCCCAACCUGCAGGGCGUCAACUUUGACACCAUGCGCUACAACGGCAUGGGGAAUCGCUUUUCGACCUUUGUCGGAUACCACGGCAUCAUCUUGGCGCAUGGCGUCAUGGCUGCGCUCGUGUUCCUCCUCAUCGUGCCCUUUUCCGUCAUGACGAUUCGAUUCUACGACAGAAACCCCGGCCGCGCCGUCGCCUACCACGGGCAGAUGCAGGUCUUGGCCAGUCUCAUGCUGCUGGUCAUUUUCAUCCUCGGCUUCUUCGCCGUUGGGCCCAAAAGAAAUCUCACAAAUCCACACCACGGCAUCGGUGUCGCCAUCUUUGUUCUCUUCCUUCUCCAGCUCAUUGGCGGCCGCCUGGUGAAGCACAUUACCAAAUCCCGCUCUUUGCGCAUCAUGAUCCAUCAAUGGUCCGGGCGCACCAUCGGUCUCUUGGGAAUUGUUCAGGUUCCUCUCGGGCUGACCCUUUACGGCUCGCCCAAAUACCUCUUCAUCCUCUACGCGCUCUGGAUGUCGUUUCUCGUCCUGCUGUACUUUAUUCUCAGCUACCGUCGUGCCGGCCACCGUGACCACUACAUUGGAGCCGGCGCGAGAUCGGAAGGCGGAAGAACCCGCCUGACCGAAUCCGAGUACAUCUCCGAUCACAAGCCGGACCACAGCAGUAAGCUCAAGUGGCUUGGCCCUCUGGCCGCGGGCGCUGGUCUGUGGGCGAUAUUGCGCAAUCGAAAGAAAAAGAACCAGGAUCGUGAACGGAGCAGGAGCAGGAGCAGAUCGCCGUCCUCUUACAGAAGCCGCGGAGAGGUCCUUCCCUCUCACGGCCACUCUGAAAGAUUCUACGACGACAAAUACUCGGAGGCACCGCAGCGAAAGAGCAGCGGCGGCGGGUUUCUGAAGAUGCUUGGCGGUGCCGCAGCGGCCAUUGGAGCCGGCGGCCUGGCUGCCAACCUUAUGAAGAAGAGAAACAACAACAGGGACGAGGAAUAUUCGGCAGUGUCCACGGAAACACCUCGCCGCCACCGCAGCGGGCGUGGUGGACGAAGCGACUACGGCAGCGAGUUUACCGACGACUACAGCCAAACGCAGACGUCUUUGCUACCACCCUCGGCGAACCCCAACACCACUCACACCACAAGAACCGGAGAUACCGGCAGACCUACCACGCCACGCUCGUCCCACCCGCCGCGUCGUGACUACGACGAUUCAGAAUACUCUUCCUAUGUCAGCCCGUCGCACAGAAGCAGAAGGGCAGACGAGAAGUCGGGAGGAGGUGGAGGGCUUGCCACGGGGAUACUCGGCGGACUCGGCAUGGGCUGGAUUGCCAAAAAGCUGGCUGACAGACGCAACAAGAAACAGGAAGAUCGCCUUCGUGACGAGGACGACAUGCGCUCAGGAACCAGCGUCUCUCGCUUUACGGGUGACGGGUAUCCUUCCCCCUCAAGACGAGAUUCUAGACGACCGCCACCGCCCGUUCGUCGUCAAACAGGCUUUGGCGCCCCGUAUGGUACAGAAACCGCACUCAGUGAGAUGACGGAAUCAUCGAUGGACUACCCACCCCGACCCGGUGGGCCAUCGGGCAAUAUUCAGCCCGUACCUACGCCGUCUCGGCCACCCAGAUCUGGCAGCCGCCACGGCUCAGAAUCAAUAUCCAUGCCGCCCAUGCCGGCCGAUCCGCACGGCGUGCUCCAUUCCGGAGCCGAGGAUUCUUUCGUCUCGGACGCAUCACCGCCGCAGCGAAGACCUUCUGAACGACGUCGCAGAGCCGCCGAGCGGGCCGCAGCCGCCGCCGCGGCCCGGGCUAGCAGCCUGGCGGCCAACGAGGAGAGGAGCCACCGCGGUGCUGGAGACCGCGACCGCGAUCGCUACGCGUCGCCCAACAGUCAGCCCGUCAGCGUCAAGGUCAAGGUCCACGACGAUCGCGAUCGCAACGUGACCCUGCGGCGGCUGACAGAGGAGGAGGCCAUGGCGGCGGCCCGAGACCGCAGCCGCAGCCGCCGCGACUCGGAGAGCAGCAUCUCGGGCGUCGAGUCCCCCAGCAACGGCCGCGGGUACCGCCGAGGAGCAGCGCCACGCGCGGCCGCAGCAGCGGCGGCAGAACGGGAAGCGGAGCAGCGGGUGGAAGAAGAAGACCAGCUGGCGCCGUUGUCGCCGCCCAACCCCGCGUUUGCCAGGGGCCGACGCGCUGCCGGCAAGGACUCUGCAUAUUACUCUGGCGCCGGCGCUGGUCCGGCCGGAUCAACAGCCGCACACGGCCAGACGGUGUCGAGCCUGGGCUCCGCAGACACGCACGGGACCUGGAGCGGCAUGGGCGGUGGUGGUGGUGCUGGUCAAGGAUCACCGAGCGAUGGCGACAAAGCGAGCGAAUCGGCGGCCGCGGAUAACAGACGCCGCAGAAGGGCGGAACGGAGAAGGGGAAGCAGCGCUGCACGACCUGCUGGCGUGGACAUGUUUGACUAA